UAAAUGUUAUCAUACAAAUACAAAAUAUUCAUAUUAUUAUAUGAACACACAUAUCUCUCUCUCUCUAUAGAUAUCACAUAGUCACUCAUACACAUACAGACACAUUGCUACUCCAGCUUUUUCUUGCCUCCUUCCCUCACAGCCUGUCAUGCCUGAAUUAUUAAACUCAUGAUUACAGUUUUAAAUUUGAGCUGGUUGCUUUGUUGUUUCUUGGUAAAGGGUUGAAUGGUUCUCAUCUACAAAGAGAUUUGCUGCUGUCAAUGAGCUUUCUCCAGAUUCUCCAGGUGGUGCACCGUUUGGAUUGAUCCGUCCCUUGCCUUGGAAAUGAUUCAAGGAGAAUCAUGAGACAAUUGCCCCUUUGUAAUGUUAGAAUUGGUCUUAUUUCUUAGGCUCACUUAUGGGUAUAAAUGCUGGCAUGAGAGAAUAACAUGUUCAAUGACCUUCACCACAGAAAGCCUCUAUUUUGGUGUUUCUUAUUACAGGCAUGGGAACCAAAAUUGAAUAUUCCAUAAAUCCUUUAGCAACCUUAGUAGACAGCAACAACUUAGCUGUGGGUGGCGUGGAUGUCUGGGAGCAUUGUCAGAACAAGCAUCAAAGGACUGGAAUCAAUAAAUUGCAAGGUCCCAUGGAUAGGAUGCUUGACAGAAACAAUAUAGAAUCCAUCAAAAACACAAUGCAGAUGCAUGAGGACAUCUUCAAACAUCAGGUAAGAGAGCUACACCGGAUAUAUAGUGUGCAAAAGAGGCUGAUGGAGGAGCUCAAAAAUGAAAUUAGACAACAGAAAUUUUGGAACCACGUGAAUGACAUAGAUGUAAACCACCCACAUUCUAUUAAACAACAUCAUCAAACCACACAGAUUUCACACAAGCCUGAUUUCAGCGUUCAAAAUUUGAGAGAGGACCUAAAUACAAGAGAAAAGAGUGUAUGCUGCUCUGGAAACACCAUCCAGAGGCAAAGAGGUUUUGAUCUUGAAAGGCCAGCUGAGGAAGACGUUUUUACUCAAGCACGUGGCUUUGAUGAAGGUGAGGCAGGGCCUAGCUCCAACACUGCACUUCAGAGUUGUAAAAUAAGUACUACUGGUGGCUAUGAUGAAGAAGUGGAAGUGGAUUUGACACUAAGUAUAGGAGGUAGUAAAGUUAAGAACUCUCGUUUACCUCAAUUAGCAUGCUCAAACUCAACCAAAGGGAAAACUAGGAACCUCAAUUCUUCCGGCUCCUUCCAAUCAGAUAGAGAUAGAACAGGAGAAUGCAGUGACCCCACCACCCCAAUGAGCAGCUCCACUGUGAAAUUUACUCAGCAAGGAAAGGGGCCACAUUGGCUUUCUCAAAGUCUAAAGCUUAAAUAGCACCAUAACUUGUUUGUAUCCUUUCAACUCUACAUGGACCACUGAAAACAUAUGGUUCAAGCAUUCAGAUUCCUAGAUUACUUUCUACUUUAUUCCAAUAAUAAUAAACGUAUAGCUUAUACACCCA